GGAGAGGAAGGGAGAGAGAGACAGAGAUAGAAAGAGUUCCUAUCUCACUCUCCCAGUUGAGCUCUUCAGCGGAUCGCGUCCAGCGUCUCGCCACUGCAGGACAAUGUCUAGUAAAGCGACUUUAGCCUUACUCAUCUAUGGAAUCAUAAUGCAUUACAGCGUCUACUGCUCACCCGUGGGGCUUAGCUAUCCUAAUGUUAGACUUGACGAUGAGGUUUAUGAUGAGGAUGGAAAUUCCUUACCGUCCCUGGCAUUUGACAGAGACCAAAUGGCUCUGAGGAGCCCUCCGUCUGUAGCUGACGAUGUCUACACUUUGUAUUACCCACCAGAGAAAAGAACGGAAAGGCAUGCAGACGGCAUGUUUAAUAAAGCCUACAGGAAAGCGCUGGGUCAGUUAUCAGCAAGGAAAUAUCUCCAUUCUCUGAUGGCAAAACGUGUAGGUGGGGGGAACACAGUGGACGACGACUCAGAGCCUCUGUCCAAGCGACACUCAGACGGGAUCUUCACAGACAGCUACAGCCGCUACCGAAAGCAAAUGGCAGUCAAGAAAUACCUGGCAGCAGUCCUUGGGAAAAGCCUUGAAGACAUAGGUUUUCACCAAAUCCUACAAGGCAUAGACUUUGAUGCCCUCCCGGACGGGGAUGAGUUUGAGGCUUUUUUGGGAGACUUGCUGAAACAGUUCUCUCCCGAAUUUCCGGUGAGUUUCAGGCUCUUUCCUGAGGCCGUGUCCUGAGGGACGUCUCAUGUCCCUCUUUCUCUUCUCACCUUAACCCUUAACCCUGUGAUCUUGCUCCAAACACUCAAACCCAAUCUUCUUCCACCUCAUUUGUGCUCCUGUCUCUCUAGAGUCUCAC